ACCUUCUGCAGCCACGUUCGAACUUCGCAAUGACAUGGCCCGGGAUCCUGGGCUGGACAGCGUCCUUGCUCGCCUUCAUCAAGGCCCAACUCGUAAUUCUGCUCCUCCAUGUUCUUUCUGCAGGCCCUAUUCCACGUCAUGUGGCCUUCGAAAUGGAUGGUAACCGCCGCUUUGCACGUCUCACUGGCCGCCGCGCGGUUGACGGUCAUUCAGACGGGUUCCAUACACUUAAGCAGAUAUUAGAGACAUGCAUGCGUCUUAACAUACACUGUGUUACGGUCUACGCCUUUGCGAUCGAAAACUUCAAUAGACCACCUGACGAGGUCGACGCGCUCAUGAAACUAGCAGAAGAGAGGCUCGUGGAGAUAGCACAGAAUGGUGCCCUCCUAAGCCAGUACGGUGUACGCCUCAACGUACUUGGCCAUCGCAAGCUGCUACCUGUACAUGUUCAAGUCGCAAUUGAUAAAGCGGAGGGAAUGACGCGUCAGAAUAACAGAGCAAUAUUAAAUGUCUGCGCACCAUACGCCUCGCGCCAUGAGAUGACAUUGGCGGUACAAACUGUUGUGCAGCAGGCCCUUGAUAAAGAGAACUUCGAUUCUUCAUUGAUCACAGAACAAAUUAUCGAGGAAAAUCUUAUGACUUCACUUGGGGGCAGUCCGCCGCUCGACAUUUUCAUUCGCACGAGUGGCGUGAAGCGAUUGAGUGGUUUUCUGCAGUGGCAGUGCUGCGAAAACACACAAAUUCACAUGGUAAAUACCUAUUGGCCCGACUUCGGCCUCUGGGAUUUUGUGCCCAUUUUACUAGAUUACCAACGGAAGGUGCUUGCUAGUGUAGUGGGCAUUGUAGUACCAGGCAUUCUUAUUUUACAGCGUCCUUCACCAAAUGUCGCUCGAUAAAAUUAUUUGUUGUUUUCUACCUUCUUUUAUGAUACGGCAAAGGUUGCAGAUGGUGGCCGAUGACACUUUCAAGUCUGCAGCAUUUACAGCUGCUGCAAAGGCCCUCAAAGACAGUCACAACACCUGGGGGUGCUCCG